AUGGCCUCUCCAGAAACCACAUACAUGGCCGACCCGCCGGCGGGCGUGGAGCGGUUCGAGGGCGACUCUAUCCAGGCCAACAUGGCGGCGUGCGCUAUCACCACCGCGGUGAUUGCCUUGGCUGUUGUGGCGCUUCGUCUGUAUACGCGCUUCUUCCUGACGGCGGCGCGGUUCCAAUUCGACGAUGUCUUUGUCUGCUGUGCUGUAGUGUGUUCCAUCAUACUGAUACCAAUAUCGUUCAAAAUCAUGCAAGCCGGCGUAGGCCUACACAUGUGGAACGUAACAAUGGCGCAGUACAACCCCGGCCUGGGCGUCUGGACGCUCGUCGCAACAAUCUUCUACGCCUGGGCCGUCGUCCUCUCCAAGCUCUCCAUCCUGGCCUUCUACCUCCGCCUCUCGCCCCAGAAGUGGUUCCGCAUGCUCACCUUCGCCCUGAUGGGCAUAACAACCUGCUACGUCCUCGUCUACACCUUCCUCUUCCUCUUCCGAUGCAACCCCAUCGCCCAGAACUGGGACAUCACGAUAACAAGCGGGUCCUGCAUCGACACCCGCACCAUCAUGACGGUCCUCAGCGUCGCAAAUAUCCUCAUGGACGUCGCGACCCUCCUCCUCCCCAUCCCCGUGAUCAUGCGUCUGAACAUGCGGCUGGCGCAGCGGAUCUCAGUGGUCCUGAUCUUCUCCUCGGGUAUCUUCGUCUGCGCGAUCGCGAUCAAGCGCACGCUGCAGAUGCUCGAUGCGCUCACCUCGCCGGACUACACGUGGGACAUCACGGAGCAGUUCUACUGGUCGUAUAUCGAGGUGAAUGCGGGGAUCCUGUGUGCGAGUGUGCCGGCGCUGAAGCCGUUUGCCAAACGCCACUUGGCGACGGUGUUUGGGGGGUCGUCGCAAAGGUAUCAUCGCAAUGCGAAUGGGGAGAGUGGGCAGGGCGCGACGGGGCAGGGGGAUCGGGAUACCGAUGCGAUUAUGUUGAGGUUGACGCCGAAGAGGGCGAGUUAUACACGGUUUUAG